GGCUUCAGUUUAACGUUGCAUAAAGAGUAAUUAGGUUGCUUCUUGGAAAUUCGAGAUUUGAGGGAAAUUGAAACAAUUCAACAAUUCUCGCUUUGCAGACUUUUCCAUUCCAAAACAUGAGCUGGAUUUUGUGUGCACUGUUUGCUUGCUUUAGUAUCCUAGAAGCCAGACAUAUCACAAAGAUGACGCAAUCAGGGACGUGUUUCACUCAUAACAUCAUAUCCUCUGCGAAUCGAGAAUGCAAAACUGACAUGGACUGUGAUUCUUACAUGGCUUGUUGCCAACACACGAGAAACAAUUAUUCGGUCUGUGUUCCAUACAAAGGAAAAGCUAUUUCAUUGGCGAAUACACGCCAGUCUAACAGCAUGAAUUACAAAAACAACAUUUAUAAGUUCCAUUUGCCACAACCUUCCCCAAUUCCUCGGCCAUUUCUCGAUGAAUCCAGUCGUCGAAUGAAGUCGUGAAAAACUCGUCGUGAUUCCAAACUCCAAAACUUAUCGCGUGGAUUCAAAGCAUUUAAUCUCGAAUCACUAGUUGAGAAAGAUGCUGCUACAGGGACAAAUGUAGUGUGUAAGAGGUGUCUCUCAAUACGGGGACCAAGCUGUGUAUUUGGCUUGCUAGGUUAGGGUACUAAACAGUUGGGGUAUUUCGAAUGCUGAUAUUAGGGAGGAGAUGCAAUUGAGUGUGAAUGGGCAGAGAUUUUCUUUUACUCCAAAAGAACGAUGAUGUUAUAUUUAUGACAAGAAGUUUAUGUAUGCUUUAAUACAUGUAUCUCAUAUGUAUAUGCAUAAUGAAUGUGCUUCUGAAAUGUGGCAUACAGCGUGCUUCAAUUAAACUUGAGAAUUCUUA